AUGGAGCCUCGUCUGACUCCUACAGCCUUGAUAGUCUCAUGGGCUGAUAGCCCUCCUUUGGAACCACUGAGGAGUGUGCUACGGGAACAAUUUGGAUACAAUGCAAUUCCUUUACAGCUCCCGGAACAUAACCGUGAGCAAGUGUUAAAGAGAAGUCUUUCAAAUGCCCUGAUCACCCACUCGAGCAUGAUCAACCCUUUCAUCCUCUAUUUAUAUGGUGACAGCCUCAAAAGGCAAGGUCAGUCACGGCUACUACUGAAGAACGGUGACAAUUCUGUGUUCAUGGACUGGCUGAAACUGCGACAAGAAUACAUAGACAAGUUGGGAUUUAACAUACUUGUCAUACUCGACUGCAACCACAAAGUCGUGCAAACAAUGAUGGAUCGGUAUCCCAUACUCGAAGAUGACAUGGAUCCCCAGUCCAACAGCAUAGUCCAAGUUCUAGUUGCUCCCGAGUUUUCUAAACAGAAUGGAACACCAUUUGCCCAUGUGCUGACCGAUACAUUGAGGGAGGUAACAAUGUCCUCGUCAUCUGCAACUAUCGAUAUCAGAGACUUUGUAGCUGAAAUCCAAAGACGACUGGAGCCGAGUUCCUCUACAGAGCCUUUUAGUUUGCGGUCUACUCGAGAGAACCUGAUGCUUACAGCGUUCUCGCACGAGGAACAGGUCAUCAGCGACGACAUAUGGCAUUACCCACGUAUUAGCAGGAAUGCAUCAAAUUAUGUGCGAGUCAGCGUGUUACCAAUCACCUGGGCCAAGGUAGACGGCUGGGACGCUGAAUCUGAGCUUACGGAGCUUACUGAUGUUUUCGAACAUCACUUUGACUUCACGGUGGAAAGGGUAGUCAAGAUACCCAAUACUUCUAAUGCACACUCUUAUCUACAGAGACGCAUCAAUGAGCAGAUCAAAUGGGUGGGGCCCAAGGGCCUCUUGAUAGUUCUUUACAACGGCCAUGCUAAGCGAACAAACGGGGGCAUGAUUCUCUUUGGAACCAGUAAUGAUGUUCAGGGAGUGAACUGGACGCAAAUUACACACACGCUGAACAUUGCAGAUUGCGACGUUGUCCAUGUGCUUGAUUGUUGCGACGCGUUGAGUGCAACAAAGGGCAGCGAGACGGUGCAAAGUGAGAUAGCCAGAGAGGCCAACUUGCAGACAGGCGACUCUGAGUACCAUGGAAAGAACGAAACACUUGCUGCAGGGGCUAGAGAGGAACGAGUCCCGGCUGGUAAAGCCUCGUCAAUGAAGGUUUUCGCCGAAGUGCUGAAUGAGAUGGCUGUGAAAAACAUCAAAAUCACUAUACAUUCAUGGCAGCAGUGGAUUGUUGCAAAAGUGGGAAGGGUUCAGACACAAAAUGGUGACUUGAGAUAUGCAGAACCACAUUAUAAGAUGAAUCCUCUGCGAAGGGAUCCCAGUCCUGCAUUGCGACUGAAGACUCGUGACAUUUAG